GAAGAAGGGAAAGAGAGUAACAGGCGCACGCUGCUGUUGAGUCGGAUUUGGCAGAAAGAAUCAACAUGGCAACACCAGUGUCUGUUUUACGGCUGCCUAAAGGACCCGACCCCAACAGCCGUGGAUUUGACCCCAAAUCGCCACGCUUCAUCGCUCUCUGUCGCACCUCCAUUUCCACAUCAGCUGAGUCAGAGAUGGAUGCUGAGCAGCUGCAGAGAGAGCAGAACGCUCGAUCUGUGCUGAGAGAGAGUUUCCUCAGGUGUCUCCUCACUACGGCCAACAAGAAGGUUCAGUUUCACAUGUAUGAGAAUGUGAAGGUGGAGGCCACGUUUGGAUCAUCUGACAUUGACGUGCUGAACUUUCAGGUGUCAGAUCUGCAAACUCCCAUCGGGGUGCAGAAAGAGGCACUGAUCAGAUCUCAGGACGUGAUUUCAUACACAUUUGAUGUAUGAACACGUGUGGAUUUGGUUGUGCUGGAAUUGAGGUUGUCUAUAAAGUUGGUUAUAUUUUUUUGGAGAACGGUGAAGCUACAAGUGGUGUUUUCAGUGUAUUAGUGACAGCAUUCAAAGACCUUACACUGACCAGCAGUUCCCCUUUUCCAGCACAGGAGGGCGCUGUAUACCUGUGUUUCCAGAGUCAUGUCAGACCCUAAUGCAAGAGCUUGUUCAGAUUUGCACCAGGGUGUGGGUGAUGCUAUUGACAGAUAUCAGAAGAUUUGUGAUAAGGUAUUGACUAAAACACUGAUGAUGUGAUGAUGCUCUGCUGAUGAGUACUUGUGCCUCUAGAAAAUCUUAAUCACAUUUUGGGUUUAUUUCUCUCAGCUGUAACAGUUUGGUGCAGAAAGUUGUAGCACUUAGUGGAAAACUAGUCAUAAGAUCAACAUCAAAUCAAAAUCCCACCCAGUGUCUAUCUACUGUAUACAGCUUGAUACAUCAAUAUGUGGCCUAUUUCUGCUCUGCACUGUGAGGCUUUCUCAAGGCCGUUAGCGCAGAUGUCUUUCUGUGAAAGAUGUGAAAUCAAGUUAUUAUUCAUGUUUGUGUUGACAAAUUACAUUUUGUCUCAUUUAACGUUGAUGUAAAUGAAACCUUGCACUUCUGUUGAGUUAACUAUUUUUGUAUUUCAUUGUGUAGUCUGUAUCUGGUUUAG